AUCCUAUCUAGCUUCAUACACGCAUAUCUUAGAUAUAAAUAGUCUCGAGAUUCUCUGGCACUCAGCAUAAGCAAAAGACAUAAUAUCAUUUGUUGGAGAAGGCGAAUUCAAAACUGUUAAUUAGCACUAUGAUUUUAUCUUGGAGAAGACUGAGAGCCAGCCGUGGUGGCAACAAGAGCAGCGAGCUUUUGGAUGGCAAUUUACAAACGGAGAUCACGAUUCCGACCUACUUUCGCUGUCCGAUCUCUCUUGAUUUGAUGAAAGAUCCCGUCACGUUGUCUACGGGUAUCACGUAUGAUCGAGAGAACAUCGAGAAGUGGAUCGAAGCCGGCAACCAAACCUGUCCGGUCAGUAACCAGGUGUUGAUGAGCUUUGACCAGAUCCCAAAUCAUGCGAUACGCAAGAUGAUUCAAGAUUGGUGUGUCCAGAAUCGUUCUAAUGGGAUCGAAAGGAUCCCGACGCCUCGAAUUCCCGUGACCCAGUACGAGGUUUCCCAGAUUUGUUCAAGAAUUGCGGUCUCAACUAAACGUGGGGAUCACAAGAGUUGCCGGGAAUUGGUGGGGAAGAUCAAGGCAUGGGGAAAGGAGAGCGACCGUAACAAGCGGUGCAUUGUGAACAACGGCACUGGCUGUGUGUUGUCGGAUGCAUUCUAUUCUUUCACGAGUAGUAAUAUCUCGAUCGAGAAACAUGCCGACCUCUUGAAGGAGAUAUUAUCAGUAUUGACAUGGAUGUUCCCCCUGGGCGAGGAAGGCCGAUUGAAACUAGGGUCGGCGACAUCUUUAGGUGGCAUGGUAUGGCUUUUGAAGAGUGGGAAUCUUUCCGCGAGGCAAAACGUGGUUGUAGUACUCAAAGAGCUUCUAUCUGUGAAUCAAAGACAUGCUGAUUCCUUGGCAGAGAUCGAAGGAGUUGCUGAAGCUUUGGUUAAAAUGAUAAGGGAGCCUAUUUGUCCUAAGGCUACUAAGGCUUCUUUAACAGCUAUUUUCUUCAUGAUUUCUCCAUCUGCAACCAGUGUGAGAUCCACAUCAAGAUUUGUGGAACUGGGUCUUGUCCCCCUACUACUAGAAAUCCUUGUUGAUGCGGAAAAAGGAAUAUGCGAGAGAGCUUUGGGUGUUUUGACUGGCAUUUGCGACUCCAAAGAAGGAAGAGAAGAGGCUUACAAGAAUGCUCUAACCGUGCCUAUUCUGGUCAAGAAGAUGUUACGGGUAUCGGAGUUGGUGACUGAGUUUGCAGUCUGCAUUCUUUGGAAGCUCUGCAGGAAUGAUAAGAAGGACGAGAAUGGUGUUUUACUUGAGGCACUUCAAGCGGGUGCUUUUCAGAAGUUCUUGGUUCUCUUGCAGGUUGGUUGUGGUGAGAGCUUAAAGGAUAAGGCGACCGAAUUGUUGAAAUUGCUGAAUAUUCGCAGGAUUGGGUUGGACUGUGUUGAUUCAUCCAUGGAUUUCAAGUACCUCAAGAGACCAUUUUGAGUCAUUACAUGAGCUAGCACUUCUCUUUUUACUUCAUGUUCAGCUCAUCAGAGAAGAAAAUUGCAUACAAAUCUACAUAGAAUUACAGGAUUCAAUUUUAAGAAGAAAAUGUAUAAAGAAAUAGGAAAAUUUUGUCAAUAUCAUUCAUUGUGGUGAAUUUACGUCCAUUAAAGUACAGUUUUUGAACUCAA